GGAGAGUUGAAACUUGGACAAAAAGAUUAACCCACAGCAAAAUUAAAAAUAAAAACAGAAACUUUCUCCCUUUUAUUUCUUUCAUUCUCACACAGACUUGGACUUGCGGAGUGAUUGGUGAGAGUGAAAAGAAAAUUAUACGGGAAUUUUCCAGUAAGAGAGGGAAAGUGGUGGGGAAGAAGAGGGAGAGAAGCUCGUGAAACAUUUUUUUUCUUCUCUCUUUUUCUUUUUGUGGGAGUAAUAGGAGUAAUCUAUUGUUGUGUUAUGCAAGAGAGAAAGGGAGAAGGAAGGGAGAGAGUAUAGAGACAAAUGCCCACCACCAUUAACACUUGUCUCUCAUCUUUCACAUGAGCAUGACCCAUCUCCUCUCUUUCCCCCACCAUUCCUUCCUUCUUCCCCUUCCGCCUUUUCUCCUCCUUCGUCCGCUUCACCGUCAUUUAUUGUCAUCAUUGUUGUUGGGUCUUCGAAAUUUCUAGCCCCAAGAGCGGAGGGAAUCGAAGAGGGGAAAGCAAAUAAGGAGGUGGGUAGUCGGUGGAAUUCGAAAAAAAUUUAACCUCCGGGGUUCAUCCCAGAUGCUAUGCUAUUUCAAUGGGUAAUAAAGACGAGCACCAGCAGAAUCAGCAGCAGUUGGAGAGCGGCAAUGGGGGUGCUCACGGCGGGAGGAGGAGCUGCUGCUGCUGCCCAGGAUGUUCGAUGGCUAUGUCGAGAAUCGACUUCAGUUUUAGAUGUGUUUUCGUUGUGAUCCUUUCUCUGGCACUUGUACUCUCCGGGAUCUUCUGGAUCUUCCCUUUCCAGACACACAAUUCAAAUGGUUUUGAUGCCAAGGAGGCAAUUAAGCUUAGUGCCACUGUACAGGCAUGCUUCAAAAUUCCAAAGCCAGUUUCAGAGGUUGUUCCACACAUUAAUUCAUUAGAAGACGACAUCUUUAAUGAAAUAAGUAUUGAUGAUAUGAAGGUGGCUAUGCUGUCAAUGCAUCAAAAUGGCACUUCCAACUGGACAGAUGGGGUUUUUGGUGUGCUUUCUGAUCAUAUGAAUACUCCUCUGAAUCCAGCACACCUAAGUGUGCUGCGGUCCUCUUUGGUCGACCUCUUCCUGAAGCAGAUGAAUCUCUCCGUGGCAACCUCUGUUUUUGGGCAACCGUAUGAUUUUGAAAUUCUCAAGUUUCCUGGUGGAGUCACUGUAAUUCCUCUCCAGUAUGGCUCGAUUUGGACACCCCGCCAGCCCCUUUUUAAUUUUACCCUCAAUAAUUCAAUCUCUGAGAUCCUUCACAAUUUUGGUGAACUGAGGGACCAGCUGAGGUCGGGAUUGCGUCUCAGGCCAUACGAGAAUCUAUUCUUGCAAAUAACAAACUCAGUCGGUUCCACAAUCAACACCCCAGUUAUAUUGGAGGCCUCAGUCUCAUCAGAGUUCGGAAGUAUUUUGCCACAAAGGUUGAAACAGUUGGCUCAAGCCAUUGCAGAUUCCGAUAGCAAGAAUAAUCUUGGCCUGCAUAACUCAGUCUUUGGUAAGGUGAAGGGUGUUGUUCUGUCAUCCUACUUAAAUCGGACACUGAAUCCAAACACGCCAACUCCUGCCCCUGCUCCAUCUCCUAAGCCCAGUGAUUACGUUGCUGGACCAUCAGCUCUAAUAAACCCUCCAGCUGUCUCUCCAGCUCCCUCCCCACAUAAACAUGCAAGAAAAGGUCCCAAAAGGAAAAGAGCACCUUCCCAUUUUUUCCCUCCUGUAAAUUCUCCUGCACCAACUCCUACUGCUCAUCCUCCUCCGGACCCUUGUCCAUAUCAUGGUCGUAAAGUUAUUCCGCCUAGCAGAUCACCAUCGCCAUCCAAUGAGCAAAAUUUCUUCCAUCCAGAUGCACCUCUUCCAAAGUUGCCCCCAGCCCCGGCUCCUUUACCUGCAGUCUCAUAUGGUCCAACACCCUCAGAAGACUUGGAAUCUCCGUCCCUGGCUCCUGUCCCAUCUGCUCAUUCCGGAUCAUCUUUUGCAGGACAACGGCGGUCAGUCGAGGAGGUGUGGUUGCUGGGAUUAUGGUGCCUUCUGAUCUCUUAUCUUCUUUGUUGGCAUCAUUGAUAGUUGUCGAGCCUGCUCAACAUCAUAAUGCAAGGAGAGACGAUUACCGAAGAGAUCUCAGUAACCAGUUUUGUUUCGAGGGCGAGGAUGGUAGGAAUUUGUGCAACAAAAAGUUGCAGAGUUUCUUUCUUUGUCGGGUAUUCGACAAUGAAACAACCAACAAAAAAACAAGUGUAAAUUCUAUGAAAUAGGGGGGGAGAUAAUGGCAGGUCAAAGCCAAAAGGUGGCAGGCCUCUCUCAUCUUCACUUUGUAGGUUUUGUGGAUGCUGCUACUACUGGAGAAGUCUAUUGUUCCAAAGGGAACAACAGACAGCAAUGUGUGCCAGCCAUAGUUGAAGCUUUCUUUCCCAACUUGGAAAGAAAACAGAACUACUGUGAAGGAAAAGAGUAUUAUUAUGAAUCUAAAGAAGCAGAGCAGAACAUUUGGAUUUGCAGAGUUCCGAGAAAAGAACCAACAAGUUGUUACUAAUGUUUCGUUGCAAGUGUAAAAAUUUCUGUUAGGGGCUGGUUCUUUCCUUUUGAGCAUCUGCAAUCCCAUAUGAAAUGCUAAAAAAAAAGGAGGAAAAAAAAAGUGUAUUGCAGAGUAUUUUUCUUUUCACGUGGUGAUGGUUUUAACUGAUUUAAUCUCCUUUAUAGUCUCAGGCUUCAAAACUUGAGAUGUCACUGCUUGUCAUCGUGGCGAAAUCUGGCUGUGUGACAAUCAGCUUGUUCGUAACAUGUUGAUGUUGG